UAAUUAAUAAACAUAAUAUUUUGGUUUUAAAACACAAGCCAACAUAUAAUUUAAAUAGUGAAAAUGGAAACACGUUGUCAAGCUAUACGUCCUUUAAGGAAAGAUUGAUUAGUUAUUCCCAAGUUGGUCUAUCGUUACUUUGUUUUCUGUUAAUAAUUGGCUUUUAAUAGCUUCAUGAUGAUCCUUGUCAAGAGAUAUGGAAACGCGUCAAUGAGUUUUACUUGAAGGGAUGCAAAUUCACUGUACUAAUGACAGCUGAUGCUCUUGAUGUUACCAUGUCGUUUCAUGGAUGGAACCUCAAAAACUUUAACAAUUAAGGUUGAAACAUAAUUUAGUCCUGGAAUAACUUAUUUAGAAGAAAGUAUCGCAACAAAUAUUGGAACUGGAUUUUACUUUUGCUUAUUAUGAGGUCAACCAUGAGUACCUUCUAAUCAUCAGACUUCAUCAAGUUUGAAAAUGCAUCAGCGGACUUGGAUCUUUUUUCAAUUGAAAUUAGCUGAAAGAUUAAUUUGCUUCCUAACAUGAGUCGAAAUGGUUGACUCUCACUAUAUUUAAUGGAAUACUCAUUUACCAUACUCAUAGUGUUCGGUGAUAGCGAUAAUCUUGAAGAUGAUCCCGAUAGUGUGUACAAGCUCUUGGGCCGGCUCAAAAUUUAGUUACAAACAAUUAACUUCAUAAAUAUUCGGAUGCCAUUGAACUAGCAUAACUCCAAUUGCCUGUUCUCCUAUCAAAAUAAUGGAAAGCAAAAUGGGAGAAUGAAAAAGGUUUUGCAGUUGUAUCUACUUUUACUCGUCAAUAGUCGAUAAUCAUCUAAAGCUUUUACAUUGUUACUCUUCUGGUUAUUGUUUAAACUAACCGCAUACUGAACAACUGUUGAUUAUUUACAAAACAAGCAUGAUUAACCGUUUCGAUCAAUACAUUUUCAUCUUAUCUCCAUCUUUACCAGACACUCCUCAUCUUCCUUGUCUCCCUUGUUUCUCUUCUCUAUUGUCUCCCUCUUUCUUUUGAUAUCUAUCUGGUCUGCUUCCCUCUCCUUUCCCUUUCCCACCUCCUUUUCUACAUCAACAUUAUUUUGGUGGAUUUUGCGGUGACCUUGGCCAGUGCCAUAUAACCUCAUCUGGUAUUUAAUUCAGUAAAUCACUCAGUCAAUGGUUUUCGAUGUAACUUAGUCCCUGCAAUUGAUUCUGUAACCACUAUUGGGAUGGCUAAACUAUCGAUUGACUGAAGGUGAAAAUUCGGUUUCUUCUUACUGUUUUCGAUGUUUAUGUUUUGGAAAUGGUUGUUUUUCCCAUUUAUACUGAUUGAUUGGUGAUUAAAUAGUGAUUACACCUCUGGAUGACAAUGAAUCAACUGUGGUGUGAAACUAAAGUAUUGAAACAAACUCAACUUAAUCGAUUCCUAUUCAUCAGUUCUAUUGGCGAGUUCACUGUUACCAUCGAAAAUAUUAUUAGGUGUUCAUCAAAAUCAAUAUCAUGGCCGCUCAUUUAUUAAUAAGAGCGAUCUAUGACUAUCAAGCUUCUGAUCUUAAAGUGUUACAUUGUAAAGCUGGUGAUCGAUUCAUCAUAAUCAAACAAACUGAACCUCGAGGUGAUUGGCUGUAUGUAGUUAACUGUCAAGGUAAACUUGGCUAUAUUCCAGCUAAUUACACUGAACCAGACUCAUUGGAGGACUCUAAACUUUUGGAGCUGAUUGAUACCAUUAUUUCGGUUCUGGAUGCUGACCAUAAUGAUCCAAAAAUUAUUACUAUACGCCAAAUCAACCAUGCUCAAGUUAAAUUAACUCAACUUCGAUGUGAAGUGCUUAGCCAACUACAAAGCAAACCAGGAGCUGUUUCAUCGAAAAAAAUCACCACUAAUCAGCCUAGUGAUGCAAAUUUUAUUGAAGUGGUAAAUACUAAUGAUCCUGAUCCAAAUUUGUAUAAACUCGGAGAGAACGACAGUUCUGGUAAUGUCCAGGAACAUAUUCUGGUCUAUAAUUGUGAUUCAAUUAAUGUACAAAAACCAGUCAUUAGCACAUCUGAAGCUGGAAUCCAAGUCGAUUUGAUUGAGCAAACAACCAAUGAUCCAACAAUUUUAGUUCAAGGUGAAACUACUCUUGAUGAAAUGGCAACAAUUGAAAUUGAUGAUUCUUUGGCAGCUGAUCUUAUUGAAAGAGUCAGAGUUUCUACAGAAUUAAGUCAUGGAAUGUGUAAAUUGACUAUCGAGACUGUGAUAAAUUACUUACGUGAAAAAAUGCCUAUGAUUGAGAAAACUAUGACAAAGCUGAUUGAUAAAUUGGAGGCUGUUGACCAAUGUCCAUCACCCUUAGUUAUGAAAAACUCAUCUGAUUUAAUAAAAUUGAGAGAGUUAUUCCAUAAACUAUGGAUCUGUAAAGCAGAUGAACAACAAAGAGGUUGGCCUAUUCAUGAUGAUGAAGAGAUGGAAUCAAGCUUGAUUGAGAUGGUUAAAUUAUUGGCCAAUGCUAAUCCAACUAUCAGUCGAGAAGCAAUGUUCUCGAACAAUUGUGAUAAUGUUUACAUGGUCAUUAGCUAUUUUCAUGAGGAGACGAAAAAAUCUUUAAAAAUGCAACUUUACUCUGUUCUUAUGGAAAUAAUUCGUCUAAAUGAUAAUAUGAUUGAAGAUAAUUUCUUAUCGACUGUUUUACCGGCUUCCUUGGCCAAUGAAAUGAUAAAUCAUCGUGACGAUAUUGAAAGAUGGUCUAAAGCGUCGAUAUUAUUUACCUACGUUUUUGGAUCUGGACAAAAACCUCCUAUUAAUUUGUAUGAACAUGUUAACGAAAAAUAUGUCAACAGUCAAUUGGAUUUAAUUGAAGGUGAAGAUAUUGAAGGAAACAAGUUGGAACAUAAAAUACCAUUAGAAAUGUGUAUUCCUCCAAUUUUGGCAUUCAAUCUACAUUUCGAUUUAAAUGAGAGUAAUCUGGUCCUGAAAGCUAUCAGAAUGAGGUCUAAUGUCAAAUGUUUGAUGGAAAAUCUAGUCUCUUACUUGAACUGGGAAGAAGAUCCAACUCUUUUAAUCAAUUAUUUUGGUAAACCUAUGAAAACCUGUGAUCGACCCAAUGCUGUUCAUAAAUUGUUAACCGAGGUUUUUGAAGAUCCUGAACUUGCGAAUCUCUUUUAUUACAACGACGUCAGAGUUAUGAUCGAUAUAUUAAUCUCACAUCUCAAUAAUAUUCAAGACGAAGAUGAAAAUCGUUUCUCUUACCUCAAAUUACUCUAUAAUAUAAUCAAAAAUACUAAUUACAAAGAGGAGCCACAUAAACUUAUCGAAGUCAACCAAUGUAUAGAUGCAAUCUAUUCCCAUGAGUCAAGUCCUGAUAAUGAAAAACGAAUGGUCAGGAUGAUCAAAGAAUUGUUAGAAUGGUCUGGUGCCUUUGGGUCCAUGGAAGUGUUUAAUUUAGUUUACUUGAUAGCCCACCUGAUAUUUAAUUGAAAAAUAAAUUCAAUUGUAUCAAUAAACUAUGAAUUCAAGAAUAAGAAUCCGAAGUAAAUUUUUAAAGGGAAGAUUUCGAUUUAAGAAAGCCGCACAAAUAAAAUAACUUGAUAGGA